AUGGUCACUCUAGAGGAAGUCGAUGAUGAGGAGCUCAGACAAGAGCAGCCAGGCCCGAUCGAAGACUCAGAAGAUGAUUAUGUCGACACAGAUUCCUCAAUCUCCGAUGGCGAAGACGAUGUCACCCCUUCAGAAUCUAUCUCAGACCGCAUCUCCGCCCUCAAAGACAUGGUCUCCCCCUCCACGCGGCGCAAAGUUACCAGUACAUGGGACCGCAGUUUCUCCGUCGCAAAGAUCAGCGCAUCAUAUACCGGGAAAUUUGCGUGGGCAUUGACGACAAGCGCACUGCUGGUUAUGGUGCCCUUCGCGCUGGCGUUUCUCGAGGAGCAGCAGAUCAAUGAACAGGAGAAGGAGAUGAAGGCACAGGAGGCGGCGAGGGAGGGAGUUACGCCCGGGCUGCAGGCUGGGGAGAAGACGGCGCCAGGGUUUUAA